UGAGAAUCUGCAGACUAUCAAAGAAAGAAAAGAGAGACAUUGUGAAAGACUAGGAACAACUGCAGAGGUUUUCACACUAAGAUAACAAACAUUAUUUACGCAAGAUCCAAAGAGGAAGAAAUUAACUGCUGUACUGCCCAAGAUGAAUACCCCACAUAUCCUGGCUUGUGGGCUUUUUCUAACACUAUUAUCUGUAAGAAUGGAAGCAAAACCUUUGAACCAGUCUCAAGAAAAGUCAUUAAGAAAUCUUUUAGGAGAAGAGCUGUCGGAAUACUUGACUUCUACAGAACAGGAGGGUAACAGUAAAUUAGAAAAUAUCCGAACCAAAGGUCGUCUGUUACGGGAUCUUCGCAUUGACACACGUUCUAAGGCUGCCUGGGCUCGAAUAUUGCACGACUUCCCAAACCCUUCUAAGAAGUACAAAGGCAUAAACAAGAAAGGGAUGUCCAAAGGCUGCUUCGGUCUCAAGCUUGACAGGAUAGGAUCCAUGAGUGGCUUGGGAUGUUAAGAGACUGACACCUACUGGUGG